AUGGUCAAACUGAUGGGCGCCGAUCAGGUGUACUUCUACGUCUUUGGGGCCACUGACGGCAUGAUGAAGGUGCUCAGACACUAUGAAGCACAGAUGUUUGUCGACUGGCGAACGCUUACAUUGCCGGGAGAAUAUCAGCCCAACGUUAGAAGUCUCUACAAUUUUUAUUAUCAAAAUUUGAUAGUAGUAUUUAGCAUUUUUUCAUCAAGAAUCAAAGCCAAGUUUUGGCCUGAAGAGCUGAUUGAGUUGAAUGACUGCCUGUACCGGAACAUCCACCGACACGACUACUUGGCCGUCAUUGACAUUGAUGAGGUGCCGCUGCCCCAAAAGGCUGACAACUGGCAUGAGUUACUUCAAUCGGCUACUGACCAACUUUCUGAACAGAAGCAACAAAGAGCAGCAUACUUUGAGAAUCGCCAUGCAUAUGUUUACGAGAUGUUCGAAGAUACUGAAAUGCCAAAGCCAAAUGAGCAAGUGCCAAUACCCGAUUAUCUGUACAUGUUUCGUCAUGUGAACCGAGUACCCGUUUUCAGUCCAGGCCUGAACAUCAAGUGCUUUCACCGAACUGACCAGGUUUUUGCCGUGCACAAUCACUUUCCAAUGCGGUGCAUCAACACCACCGGUCACCACAGCUGCACUGGCAUGACUUUUGACCCGAGUGAGUCCAUUCUGAUGCACUAUCGAAGAAAUGUGCCACCACCAACGAACUGCUCCACUCCAGAUAACCUCAAGGAAUGCACCGUUAGGGACACAAAUGUUUGGCGGUUCUUUGAUCAAGUGGCUGCCAAAGUGGAGAGUCAGCUGCUUUCUAUAUUUGUUUCCUAA